GUGUUAUGAGAUGAAAUGAUGUUGUGUGUUUCUGACCAAUCACAGUGCCAGCAGACAUGGUACCACGAAGGCUCCGCCCACCUGAAGGACGCUCGCCUCUGGUUGGCCAAAUACUCUCUGCCCCGGGCAAUGAGGCGCCUGGAGGCUGCACGCGCUCAGAGGGAGGUUGCUGAGGCAACCAGGGCGGUCCGGCAACAAGAGAUGCACAAGAGCCUGAGGAAUCUGAACAACUUCUGCAGUCAAAUCGGAGACGAUCGACCAAUCAGCUUCUGCCACUUCAGCCCUGACUCCAAGAUGCUGGCCACGGCCUCCUGGAGCGGUCUGUGUAAGCUGUGGUCCGUCCCCGACUGCAGUCUGAUCCGAACUCUCAGAGGACACAACACCAACGUUGGCGCCAUAGUCUUCCGCCCACAGGCCGGAGUUUCUCUCGACCAAUCAGACGUCAGCUUGGCCUCGUGUGCCGCCGACGGCUCGGUGAAGCUGUGGAACCUCCUGAGUGAUGAGCCGGUUGCUGACAUCGAGGGUCACAGUGAGCGAGUGUCCCGAGUGUCCUGGCAUCCGUCAGGGAGGUUCCUGGGAACCAGCAGGUACUUAUUGUUGUGUCUCCGCCCCCAGGCCCUGGGUUCCCAUGGUAACAGCGCGGUGGAGGUGGACCGGGACACGGUGGAGCGAAUGAGUCACAUCCAGGCCAGUUACCGCGGUAACCGGGAGGCGGUGCUCGGGGAGCUGCUGCGCCGCGUCUGCGACAUCCAACCCGAGUUCCACGCCAACUACCGCGUGGCGGGGUAAAGGGGCGGGGCCAGACCCGGGGGCGGGGCCUAACAGGACACGUUAGCAACAUUAGCUUCGUUAGCUUGAAUCACAGCCAAAAAGAUAUGGAAAAAGUGUUUUAUUUUGAAGGAUUGAAGCUCGUCACUUCCUGUUUGGCCGACGUUCCUAAAUGUUGUUACUGUGUUGAUGUUUACGAAGUAUUUAUAUUAAUAUCACUUAAUUUCUUUAAAUUCCUGAAUCUAACAAAAUAAAAGCCUCUGGAGAGGAAAUCAGCCAAUCAGAAACCAGCCUAAAGUCUAACUAAAGAAGAAAUUAAUCUAACUGAAGCUGAUUGGCUGUUUUCUCUGAACUGUCCUCCAAUCAGGAGGCACAGUUUAACUCUGCACUCACCUGAUUGGCUGGAGGGUGGCAGAAGGCUUUUAUUGUGAAACUCCUGUGCAUUUCCUUUUUGAUUGUUUCCUGUGUGUGACCAUGUGACUUCCUGUUGCUGUUUGUGAUGAAAUAAUAAACUGAGUGUUGAUUGGCUGAAACUGA